AUGGGGUAUUUCGCGGCUUUAGGCCAUAAAAUUAAUAGCAGCUUUGCUAAGACCACAGCCGGUCGCAUCUUUCGUCUUGAUGGCAGCGGCCAUGAAAAGGAGAUCAAAAAUUCAUACGUCCUAACUGAGAUGCGCGCUGGUCUCACGACCUUCUUCACCAUGGCUUAUAUUAUCUCCGUCAAUGCAGCUAUCCUUACGGAUUCUGGUGGAAUCUGCGUAUGUAACGAUACUCAGGACGCAACCUGCUCAAAGGAUCUGGAUUAUACAAGUUGCUUAAUUGAAGUCCAGAGGGACCUCAUUACCGCGACUGCAGCAAUAUCAGCCUUUGCAUCUUGCCUCUUCGGGUUACUGACUAAUCUUCCUGUGGCUCUUGCACCCGGCAUGGGAUUGAAUGCAUACUUUACUUACCAAGUGGUCGGAUUCCACGGUACCGGAAAGAUACCGUACAAACUAGCCCUGGCGGCUGUCUUUGUGGAAGGGUGGAUCUUCAUAUUUCUCGCCCUAACUGGCAUGCGUCAAUGGCUGGUUAGGCUACUGCCGACUUCGAUCAAGAUUGCCAGUGCAUGUGGCAUCGGUCUCUUCCUGGCCUUGAUUGGGCUUUCAUAUCCAGCAGGUAUUGGAGCUAUCACUGGGUCCUUUCCAGCUCCUCUAGACCUGGGAGGAUGCUUGCCACAGCAUCUUGACAAUUUUGGUCACUGUACAGGGCACAAAAUGCAGAACCCUGCUUUGUGGAUUGGUAUCUUUGCCGGAGGAAUAUUUACCGUUCUCUUGAUGGCAUACAAGGUGAAAAGUGCCAUGAUCCUGGGAAUCCUUCUAGUUUCCAUCAUAUCUUGGCCGCGAAAUACUUCAUUCACCUACUUUCCCCAUGAUGAUGCCGGCCAACAAAAAUUCGACUUCUUCAAAAAGGUCGUAGGAUUUCAUCCGAUCCACAAGACUCUGAAUGUGAUUGAAUGGAAAAUCAGCUCUCAAGCAGGGCAAUUUAUGCUGGCCUUGAUUACCUUCCUCUACGUGGAUAUCUUGGACUGUACCGCUACCUUAUACAGCAUGGCACGUUUCGCAGGAGUAGUUGACCCAGAGAGGAAGGAUUUCCCUCGUUCCACGCUUGCCUACUGCGCGGACGCGUUCUGCAUUUCUAUCGGCAGCUUGCUGGGCUUAUCACCUGUGACGGCAUUCAUCGAAAGCGGAUCUGGCAUUGCAGAAGGGGGCCGUACUGGUCUGACUGCUGUUACUACGGGCCUUUGUUUCAUCAUAUCUAUCUUCUUCGCGCCCAUAUUCGCUUCCAUACCACCCUGGGCGACAGGAAGUACUCUAGUACUUAUUGGAUGCAUGAUGAUACGUCAAAUUGUUUCAGUGAACUGGAAGUACAUUGGAGACGCGGUUCCGGCUUUCGUCACAGUAAUAUUCAUCCCCUUUAGCUAUUCAAUCGCAUAUGGUUUGCUAGCAGGGCUCAUGACUUACAUUGCAAUCAAUGGAUCCAUCGCCUUAAUUGGAAUCAUUUCAAGGAAUCGGGUCUUCCCUGAGGGCUUUGAGGAGCGUGAACAGUGGUCUUAUAAAACAGACGGCGGAAUGCCAUGGUCCUCAAAAAUCAACCAUAUACGAGACUGGUUGAAGGUAGAUUCCACGACAUUUACUCACUCAUUAAACAUACGGCGAACGCGUUUGACAACUUGA